AUGACCGUGCCGCAAAACUCUUCACCACCGAGCCCAGCAUCUACAAGGGCCAACUCUCCGGAAAGCACUCAAAAAUGGCAUUGGGCUACGACGAUUGAGAAGUCUCAUCAAGAUGAUCUCGAUUCCGGCUAUAAUUCUCGAAAGCUCGGCGUCACUUGGAACAACUUGACUGUCAAAGGUAUCAGUGCCGAUGCCACUGUCAACGAAAACACCCUUUCCCAGUUCAAUGCUAUGACACGCAUGAUUCGUCGCCCAAGCCAAAAGCCGACGCAAACGAUUCUUGAAAAAAGCCAUGGCUGUGUCAAACCCGGCGAAAUGCUCCUCGUUCUCGGCCGUCCAGGGUCGGGCUGCACGACAUUGCUCAAAAUGCUGUCCAAUAAACGCGCAGGCUACUCCUCAAUCGAUGGUGAUGUUUCGUUUGGGAGUAUGACCCAUGAAGAAGCGGAGGAUUAUCGGGGCCAGAUCAUCAUGAACUCAGAAGAAGAGACUUUCUAUCCGACCCUGAGCGUGGGAGAUACAAUUAACUGUGCCACACGAUCAAAAGUACCUUCUCAUCUUCCCAACGGCGUUAAUUCGAAGAAGGAAUACUACACCGAGACCACUGAAUUUCUUCUGAAUUCCCUUGGUAUUCAGCAUACCGCAGAUACCAAGGUUGGGAAUGAGUAUGUUCGUGGGGUUUCAGGUGGAGAGAGAAAGCGAGUCUCCAUCCUCGAAUGCCUCGCAUCCAGGGCAUCCGUUUACUGUUGGGAUAAUAGUACACGCGGUCUUGAUGCAAUCAAUGCACUCGAGUGGGCGAAGGGAAUCCGUACAAUGACUGACGUGUAUGGAUUAUCCACGAUUGUGACACUCUACCAAGCAGGAAAUGGAAUUUUCGAUCUGUUCGACAAGGUUCUUGUGCUAGAUGAAGGGAAGCAGAUCUUUUACGGUCUGAAAGAUCAGGCUCGAGAAUUCAUGGAAGAUCUCGGAUUUUGUCGGGACAAUGGGGGGAAUAUUGCUGAUUUUUUGACUGGAGUGACUGUCCCUACUGAACGUCGAAUUCGUCCUGGAUAUGAAGCGAAGUUUCCCCGCGAUGCUACCUCUAUUCUUUCGCACUAUCAGCAGUCUCACAUUUUCAAGACCAUGCAAACUGAGUAUUGCUAUCCGACCACGGAAGAGGCACAUCAAAAUUCAAAAGAUUUUCAAGCAAAUGCCAGACUGGAAAGAAAUUACCAAAGCAGUCAAUUCACGGUGAGCCUUUUUGAACAAAUUCGCGUAUGUGUGGUCCGCCAAUACCAAAUUCUCGGUGGAGACAUGACUACUUUCUUUAUCAAACAAGGCGCAAACCUCAUUCAGGCGCUAGUCGCCGGGUCUCUUUACUACAUGGCACCGAAUGACUCUUCCGGAAUUUUCCUCAAAGGUGGCGCGUUGUUUUGGUCUGUUUUAUACAACUGCAUGACCAUGAUGUCCGAAGUAGUGGAUUCAUUUACAGGAAGGCCGAUCAUCCUCAAACACAAAUCAUUCGCAUAUAUCCAUCCAUCUGCAGUUUGCAUUGCCCAGGUGGCUACUGAUGUUCCAAUGGCGAUCCUCCAAGUCACUGUUUGGUCACUCAUUGUGUACUUCAUGGUGGGACUUUCUAUGGGUGCUUCAGAGUUCUUCACUUAUUGGCUCAUACUUUUCGUUACGAACAUGUGCGCUUGCUCACUGUUUCGUGCUAUCGGGGCCGUUUUUAGUUCCUUCAAUAUCGCAUGCCAGAUUUCUGGCUACGCUAUCUCAAUCAUGGCCAUGUAUUCAGGAUACCAGAUACAUUACACCCAAAUGCAUCCAUGGUUUGGCUGGUUGUACUGGUUGAACCCGCUCUCGUAUGGCUUCGAAGCAUUGAUGGGGAACGAAUUCCACCUGAAGCAUAUGCCGUGCGUUGGUCCUAACCUGGUUCCUCAUGGAGAAGGAUACCCAACUGAUGGCCAAUUUGCUUCUUGUGCUGGGGUUGGUGGUGCAAGGCAGGGCGCAACAUCAUUGACUGGCGACGAGUAUCUGAGCUCCUUGUCCUACAGCCAUGCACAUUUAUGGCGGAAUUUUGGCAUUAUUUGUGCAUGGUGGGUGUUUUAUCUGUGUGUCAAUAUCCUGGGAAUGAAUAGAUGGCGCGAUGGCUCUGACAAGGGGUCUCAACUUCUCAUACCCCGUGAAAAACUUGCUUCCCACCAAGCCAAGCCACCCUGUGAUGAAGAGUCUCAACAAACAAGCGAGAAGCUGCAAGCCUUAAGUCCAAAUCAGCCACCAAAAGGUUUGGUUCCUCUCGAGCAACAAUUGGCUCCUAACAACUCGGUUUUCACUUGGAAAGAUUUGAGUUAUACGGUCAAAACACCAUCUGGCCCUCGAGUCCUCCUUGAGAAUGUCCAAGGCUGGGUGAAGCCCGGAACACUCACUGCACUUAUGGGCUCCUCAGGUGCCGGAAAGACAACUUUACUGGAUGUUCUGGCUCAGAGAAAAACCGAAGGGAAAAUAGAAGGCUCGGUAUUGGUCGACGGCCAGUCGCUCCCGAUAUCCUUCCAACGGUCAACAGGCUAUGUCGAGCAACUCGAUGUGCAUGAGCCCUUUGCGACUGUUCGGGAAGCUCUAGAGUUCUCUGCCCUUUUGCGCCAAAGUCGUGAUGUCUCCCAGGAUCAGAAAUUGGAGUAUGUUGAUGUCAUCAUCGACUUGCUCGAGCUCCAUGAUAUUGCCGACGCUUUGAUAGGAGCACCAGGCUCAGGUUACGGACUCAACGUCGAGCAAAGAAAGCGGGUCACUAUUGGAGUAGAGCUCGUGGCGAAGCCGAAGAUUCUCAUAUUCCUCGACGAGCCCACCUCAGGGCUGGAUGGCCAAUCGGCCUUCAAUACUGUGCGCUUCCUGAGAAAGCUCGCAAACUCUGGUCAGGCUGUGCUAGCUACUAUUCAUCAGCCAUCAGCACAACUAUUCGCGCAAUUUGAUCGACUCUUGCUCUUGCAACAGGGCGGGAAGACAGCUUAUUUCGGAGACAUUGGCCCAUCUUGUCGCGAAGUCAAUGGCUACUUUAGCAAAUUUGGUGCUCAUUGUCCCCCGGGUACCAAUCCAGCAGAGCAUAUCAUUGACGUUAUCUCUGGUCAGGCUGUCUGCCAGGACUGGCACAAAGUUUGGCUCGAUAGCGAAGAAAACAGGGCCGUUCUGAGUGAGCUUGAAGACCUUAUAUCCACCACAAAACCCCCAAGCUCGACACCUGAGGAUGCCUUCGAGUAUGCGAUGCCUCUAUCCUUCCAGAUGAAAGUUGUUCUUCGUCGGAUGAAUCUCUCAAUCUUCCGCAACACCGGCUACAUCAACAACAAGCUUCUCCUUCAUAUUGGCCUAGGUCUCUUCAAUGGGUUCACCUAUUGGCAAAUUGGAAAUGCCGUCGGUGACCUCCAGCUCAAGCUGUUUACCAUUUUUGUCUGGAUGUUCGUCGCCCAGGGGGUCAUCAAUCAGCUUCAGCCAGUCUUCAUUGAGCGACGAAAUAUUUAUGACACUCGCGAGAAAAAGGCACGGAUCUACUCUUGGAAAGCGUUUGUCACAGCCCUCAUCGUGUCCGAGAUGCCAUAUCUGGUUGUCUGUGGUGUGCUGUAUUUUGCUUGUUGGUACUUCACAGUCGGCUUCCCCAGUGACCCGAGCAAAGCCGGCGCAAGCUUCUUUGUGGUUCUCAUAUAUGAGUUCUUCUACACUGGGCUGGGUCAGUUUAUCGCAGCAUACUCACCCAACGCGGUAGCUGCUGCUCUUGCGAAUCCAUUGUGGAUUGGAAUCAUUGUUUCAUUCAAUGGAAUAUUGGUACCUUAUGAUCAGCUUGUCGUGUUUUGGAAAUACUGGAUGUAUUGGCUGAACCCCUUGACUUACAUGGUCGGAAGCAUGCUCACUUUCACCAUUUUCGAUGCAGAUGUGACCUGUACCGAUGCUGAGUUCGCGAUCCUGGAUCCUCCCGCUAACAUGACAUGUUUCGACUAUCUGGAGAACUACCUCGACAAGUCUGGUGCCAACUUGUUCAAUCCCACGGACUUCGCAGAUUGCCGUGUCUGUCAAUAUACGAAAGGAAGCGAUUACCUCCGCACUAUCAAUCUGAAUGAUUGGUAUUACGGGUGGAGAGACGCUGCUAUAUUCUUCAUCUUUAUUCUCAGUUCAUAUGGUCUGGUGUUUCUUUUCAUGAAGCUGAAGACCAAAUCGUCUAAAAAGGCUGAAUGA